CGCUUUGUUGAUUCACACUGGGGUGCACAUUGGACGAGUUCAGUCACUCAGCAGAGCACUUUAAUUCCUCGUCUCUCUGGAAAUGUCAAAACAGUACGUCUGAUAAUGUUGGGAAGAAGAGUACCUGGAUCAGGUGUGCAGAGCGCAGCUGCUGUAGGAAUGGACCGGGGGAGGACAGGAGAGAGACUGCACGCAGCGCUGGCUGGACUGCACGAGCUGCGGUUCCUGCGGGACAAACAGAGUGCCAUGGUGCACUGGGCUCUGUCCCUGAACAGAGAGGAGCCCGAGACAUCAAAACAUGAGACCGUGAGCACGGAGGAACUGAGACUGGAGGCAACACUUACUCUACUCAAACAACAGCUGACACGUCUACGCAAACAGGAUGUGGGAUUGAAGACUCAUCUCCAGCAGCUAGAUCAACAGAUAAAUGACCUGAAACUGGAUGUGUGUAAAGCAUCCACUGAACACCUAGAGAGUGACAGCAGACCCAGUUCAGGAUUCUACGAGCUCAGUGAUGGUGGUUCAGGCUCAUUGUCAAAUUCAUGCACCUCCAUCUUCAGCGAGAGUCUCUCCUCCUCAUCUCAAACCAGUCUGCUUCCUCAUCUCUCCACCUCAUAUGUGUCACAUGGCCGUAGUGGUUCCAGACAGACCGGUGUGUCCCGUCGUUGUUCUGCUGAUGAGAUCACUGCCCAGUCUGAUGCACUACGAUCAGGAGUAAGGCUCGGUAGCAGCUGUAUACGAAUGGUACCGGCUCAAGCAGAAAGAGCAAGACAAAGACCUGUUUCCACAGGGGACCUUGACCGAAUAAUUCCAACUGGUUUUGGCUCCUUCAAAUCUACUGACGUGAAGGACUCCACCCCUUGUGGUAGCCUCCAAAAUUCCCCAGUAGACCCCAAAUAUCAGAGUAACCUGGUAUCUAGCAGUGGGACAGAAGUGUACUGUUACCCCAGUCCACUGCAUGCUGUGGCCUUACAAAGCCCCCUCUUCAGUUGCACAACUGAUCAGGGAAAUCCAGUAGCAUUUGAUGUAAUUUCUAGAGUAGGUCUUGAAGAGGAAACCCAAAACCCAAAUGGAGGUUCCACAAAUUCCAGGUCUGCUGGAUACGUCAACAAGGUACUACAGAGAAGCUCGAGUAAGAUAAACCUGUUAAGCAUAAAAAGAAGUGACAUUGUUAGCAGUACACAGGAGCAAAGAGCCAGAUCCCACGAAAUGUCCUACGGACAGCUGAAUGGUCCUCAACUGCUGGGUUCCCUUCAUCAAAUAACAGUGCCCUUAGAAAAUGCACUGGAGACAGGAAAAACAUCUUCAGAUCUAAACAGCAAUCAGCAGCAGAGGAAUGCACCAGGUCUGGAGCCUAAUUCUGAAGCAAAUGAGGUCCAGACAUUGUGCCAUGGCACACACCCUGUACCUUCUAUGGAUCUCCAAAAGAAUAACCUUUGCAUAAAGAAUGCCACAAGCAAGGCUGGGACUGAGUCUGAGAAUGAACUCAAAGACAAAGGGAGUGGAUAUUUUUCCAAGGAGUCAUCUAUGGUCCCAAAGCCAGUAGAGAGGAGAUCACGUUUUACCUUAAGAAGAGAAGAGAGUAGAGCUUCUUUUGGUGAUAAGGGUGGCAACCCUCAAUCAGAGUUUGUCCAUGCACAGUUUGUUCCAGCAGGGUCUCAGAGGGUGAAAGUACGUCAAGCAGACAAGAAAACAAAAUCUGUAAAACUGAGAAAGAAGAACUCUGAGAAGCCUUCAGCAAAGAAACAUCAGCAUAAACACUUGUCUCGAGAGUUCUGCACCAAAAACCGAGCUGACUUAAAACAGUCCAGCUCAUGCAAAGAGAGAGUAACAAAUCUGGAAGAGUCCCAGAUGAACUCUUGCUCCGAUUGCAGUUGCAAUGGACUUUUCAACUCGCACUGCAAUCAGAACAACUCUCACCUUCAGCAGAGCCAAACCUCCAAGUCCACAAAGUCCCAUAAAGCCCCUGAACUUGUGAACCUUCCUCUAGACCAAGCCAAAAAGAAACAAAAUUCCCGGAAAUUGCCUUCCUCCUCUGAGAUCCGUUUUCCCCCAGCUCUCCAAACCCAGAGAUCCAAAGAGAUGUUAAACUCUCAAAAGGGGGCCAUGGUAAGGAGUGUUAGUGCCAGGCCUCACUCAGGUCAUUGGGGCUGCCCUCCACGAGCCCUUCCCCACUCACUCUCCACUUCUUCUUACUUUAGUUACUUGGAAUCUAGAUAUCCUCCAGCGCCAAUCUCCAGCCGCUACCCUCCUCCUAGCGUGUCUGAGUUUUCAGAGUACUCUGCAGAGUGUGCAUCACUCUUUCACUCUACUAUUGCAGCAAGCAGUGAUGGAGAGUUGAGCGAUUACACCACAAACCGUUUUGGAGACAGCGAGUCCAGUCAGGGCUCUCAGACAGCCUCAGACUCGGACAGUAGUCUCUCGCUGGAUGAGGAGGACCUGUUGGAGGAAGAAGAGGAAGAUGAAGGUGGUUUAGUGUGGGCUCAGGCUGCGUUGGGGUCCACGGCAGCAGGCUUUUCUCUUCAGCAGCAUCAUCGGCCAGAGCCAGCAGCCUGUCGCAUCAAAGCUUCCAGAGCUCUGAAGAAGAAGAUCCGCCGUUUUCAGCCAGCUUCACUCAAGGUUAUGACUCUGGUGUAGCUUCACUAAAGCUUAGGAUGGAUCCUGUCAAGUAAACCUUUAGCUUCACCUGAAAUUUGGGACUGGCAUGGAUCCAAGCAAACUCAUAAGAGUAUUUGGAGACUUCAAAUCCAAAAAAUGCCACAUCUUGUAAUGGUCAAACCCGAUCACUGAUCUCCACCCAACUUUACCCAGAACACGACUGUGGUAAAGGUUUCAUACAUUGACAUUGUGACUCACUCUUCAACUAUCACAAGAGAUGAUCAAUUAUUUUAUAUUUUGUGCAAAAAAAAAAAAAAAGAAUUCCCAACAACACCAACAGUUUAUGUUGAUAUGUAUAAAAACUAUAUUUUGUAAAUAAGGUCUUUGAAUAACUUUACAAAAUUAACUAUAAUCAAAACCGCUGUGUAAAUAGCACAAUGAGAACUGCUCAUUGUAGAACAAAACUACUUGAUGUAACA